CCCGGUUUUAGGGCGAGUUUAUGGUAGGCAAGCUCCUCCCAAAUGAUGCCGAAUGCCAAGAAGAUGGCGGGAGACGAAAUUCCUUCAGAAUUUCUGAAAUAUAGGACACCGCUUGUGUCAAGAUACGCUAGCCGCGAAAUGGCUUAUAAUUAUAGCGACAUGAAAAAGUUUUCCACAUGGAGAAAAUUAUGGACAUGGCUCGCUCAGGGGGAAAAGGAACUAGGUUUGGACAUAACAGAUGAACAGAUUAAGGACAUGACAGAAAAUAUUAAUUGUAUUGACUUUGAAACAGCUGCUAAAGAGGAGGAACGAGUACGGCAUGAUGUGAUGGCACAUGUACACACCUUUGCAAAAGCCUGUCCUAGAGCAUCACCGAUUAUACAUCUUGGUGCUACUUCAGCAUAUGUUGGAGAUAAUACAGAUUUGAUAGUGAUGAGAGAUGGAUUUGAUAUUCUUCUACCAAAGUUAGCCAGAUGUAUACAGAGUUUAUCAAGCUUUGCUCGCAAGUAUAAAGAUCUACCUUGUCUGUCAUACACACAUUUACAACCAGCACAAUUGUCAACAGUUGGUAAGAGAGCCUGUAUUUGGAUUCAAGAUCUACUAAUGGAUCUAAAGAAUUUGGAAACUGCCAGGAAUAACUUACGUUUUCGUGGUGUUAAGGGUACAACAGGGACCCAGGCAAGCUUUCUACAGUUGUUCGAAGGAGAUGAUGAAAAGGUUGAAAAACUAGAUAAACGUGUCACAGAGUUGGCAGGAUUUGAGAGAUAUUACCUUAUAUGUGGACAGACAUAUAGUAGAAAAGUUGAUGUAGAUUGUUUAGCAGCUCUAGCAAGUCUGGGAUCAUCUGUACAUAAGAUAUGUACAGAUAUACGAUUGCUGGCCAAUUUUAAAGAGAUGGAAGAACCAUUUGAAAAGGAUCAAAUAGGAUCCAGUGCUAUGCCAUACAAAAGAAAUCCAAUGAGAAGUGAGAGAUGUUGUUCCUUAGCUAGACAUUUAAUGUGUUUAGUCCAAGAUCCAUUAAUGACACAUUCCACACAGUGGAUGGAGAGGACGUUAGAUGAUAGUGCUAAUAGGAGAAUAUGUUUGGCUGAAGCUUUUCUUACAGCAGAUAUAUUGAUGGGAACAUUACAUAAUAUAUCAGACGGACUUGUAGUAUAUCCUAAGGUAAUAGAAAGGAGAGUUAAUCAAGAACUUCCUUUUAUGGCAACAGAAAACAUAAUUAUGGCCAUGGUGAAAGCUGGAGGUGAUAGACAGGAAUGUCAUGAACAAAUUCGUGUGUUGUCUCAGGAAGCAGGAAAUGUAGUGAAACGAGAAGGGAAGGAUAAUGACCUAGUGGAAAGAAUAAGGAGAACUAAUUAUUUUAAACCGAUACAUCAAAUCCUUGAUACAUUGUUGGAUGCUUCAACUUUCAUUGGUCGAGCACCAAAACAGGUUGAUCAGUUCCUGAAUAAAGAAGCGGAUCCCCUAAUUGAAAAGUAUUCUGAGAAAAUGAAUGCACUUGGGACGUCUGAUCUAAAUUUAUGAUCAAGGAAAGACCAUUGAAAAAUCAAAAAUGCCUUUCCUCCUUUCACUUAAUAUAAAUAUUCCCAGGGCCAGAGGAAGUAUAGAAGAGAAAACAUACCAUUGGAUUCUGUCUUUGCUUUGUUUGUAUGGCUAAAAAUCCUCAAUCUGAAUUGUAGUUAUCAUCUAUAGUAAAUUAAGACCAUAAAGCUACUGUUAGAUUAGUUUUGAUGAAGAAGUUGGCCUAUAAAAUGAAUAUAAAAUUGGAUGUCUGAAAAUCACCUUUUUCAGUAUCUGGAUAAAGUCUUAGAAGCCAUAACCUGGACUGAUACAGAAUGCUUGGACUAUUGAAGGCUCCCAACUGAAGGACAAUGGGAAAUUUCAGUACAUAUACCUCUUUGCCGAUAUAAUUGGCUUCUGCUUGCUUAUUUUUGCAAAUAAUUUGCUGAUAUAUUUAUGAUUAAUCUUGAAUAAACAUAUUUUCUUGCUA